AUGAUGGAAGAAGUAAACAAGCCGUUGUUUGAAGGGUCGUCUGAUUCUAAGUUAUCAAUGAGUGUGAGGCUUUUAGCUGCCGCGUCAGAUUGGAGUGUAGCCGAAGAAGGCUCAGAGUGUUAUACAGAUAUCAUGAGGGACGCAACUCCUGUAAAGGACAAUUUGCCCUUGAGUUUUUAUGAGGCUCAAAAGUUGGUGGAGAAGUUGGGAUUGGAAGUUAAAAUUAUUGAUUGUUGCGUUAAUGGGUGCAUGUUGUUUUACGACAACGAAUUUGGUAAAAAUGAUGGGGCGUUGGUGGCGUGUAAAUUUUGCAAUGCACUGAGGUAUGAAGUAUGUGAUGAUGUCGGUUCUCAGAAGAAGAAACGAGUCUCAAUCAAGUCAAUGUUUUAUCUGCCAAUAAUACCAAGAUUACAGAGAUUGUUUGCAUCAACUCACACGGCUGAUAAAAUGACAUGGCAUUAUUACAAUAAAACUAAUUCAGGUGUGAUGCGACAUCCUUGUGACAGGGUGGCAUGGAAGCACUUUGAUCAAGUACAUCGUGAUUUUGCAGAAGAUCCACGUAAUGUGAGGCUUGGAUUAUGCUCUGAUGGAUUUAUUCCAUAUAUCCAAGCAUCAUCAACGCCUUAUUCUUGUUGGCCAAUUCUUCUUACCCCGUAUAAUCUUCCUCCUGAGAUGUGCAUGUCAAAGCCUUAUUUGUUUUUGAGUUGUAUUGUACCAGGACCUACGAGCCCAUUAGAUGGUAUAGAUGUGUAUCUACAACCCUUAAUUGAUGAUUUGAAUAGAUUGUGGAACGGUGUAUCGACAUAUGAUAUUGCAAGGAAGAAAUUUUUUAGAAUGAGGGCAGCUCUGAUGUGGACUAUUAACGACUUUCCUGCAUAUGGAAUGUUGUCUGGAUGGUCGACUCAUGGAAGAUUGGCUUGUCCACAUUGCUUGGAACAAACAAAGGCCAUAUGGUUGCAUCACGGAAGAAAGCAUUCGUGGUUUGACUGUCAUCGUCCGUUUUUACCCGCGACACAUGAAUUUCGUAAGAAGAAGAAUUUGUUUACUAAAGGAAAAACAGAAAAAGAUGGCCCGCCUCCUAGGACGACAUCAGAGGAAGUAUACCGUAGAGUCAAUGAACUAGGACUUUUGAAAUUCACAGAUGUUGGCAAAAGAGUCAGACACCCAUAA